UCUCAGUUACUUUUUUUCGCUUUCUAAUGUCGCAGCAGCAAAAGCACAGCCGCGAUUCCGACGAGGAUGACAUGCCUGGAAAGCGCGUCCGACUGGAACACACCGACGGAUCGUCGUACUCGGUCAACGUCGACCCACACAACCCGCCGCCGUCGCGCGUCCUGCACGUUCGCAAGCUGCCAGAUGGGAUUUCGUCGCCGCAGCUGUCGUCAGCCAUCUCCGAGCUCGGCGGGGUGGUCAGCUUUGUCAUCAUGAUGCCGCAGAAGCACCAAGCGCUCAUCGAGAUGGUCAGCGUCUCGGACGCCAUGACCGUCAUUGCGCACUGCGCCCAGCAUCCCGUCUACCUCCAAGGCCAGCAGAUCAUGUUCAACUACUCCAAGAGCCAGGAGCUCAAGCGCACCUCCGGCGAGCAGCCAGACGAAGGCAACCCGGCCAAGAUUCUGCUCUUCACCGUGUUCAAUCCAAUCUACCCAAUCACCUGCGAGGUCUCGCACACAUCACCCUCAGCGUACCGCCUCGUCUCUCAGGCACGUCCUCUUCCGCAAAGACGGGCGUCCAGACGCUGGUUGAGUUUGACUCUCCUGCGGACGACACUGGCCGCUCGCCGAGCGAUCAACGGCGCCGACAUUUACGGCGGCUGCUGCACGCUCAAGAUUGAUUACUCCGCACACCACCACCUCUCUCAAGGUGCGCCAGAACAACGACGAGUCGUGGGACUACACCGGCGCCGUCCCGCUCGGCCCUCCGGCUGGCGGUCCUCCGCCGCCGCCCGGCGGCCAUUCCCAGUACGGCGGUCGCCCAGACGACCGUGGUCGCGACAACCGCGGCCCGCCUCCAAGUGGCGUGUACGACGGUGGUCGCCACUAUGGCGGCCCACCGCCCGGCCAGCUUCCGCCGCCCCACCAUUACGACGGCGGCCGUGGCGGCUACGACAUGGGCCCUCCGCCGCACCACUACAAUCCCUCUUCGCCCGACUCGCGCGGCCCUCCGCCGCAGUUUGCUUCCAACAAUGGCCCGCAGGGCUCGUCCCCCGUGCUCAUGAUUUACCACAUCAACCCGCAGCGCAUGACCUGCCAGAGCCUGUUCAACCUGUUCUGUCUGUACGGCAACGUGUUGCGCGUGCGCAUUCUUGCCAACCGAACGGACGCCGCCCUCUUGCAGUUCGACCAAGCGCACGCUGCAGACACUGCGCUCGCCAACCUGAAUCGCGCCGUGAUUUUCGGAACCUCGCUUGAGGUCACGCACUCGCGCAACACGUACAUUGCUGGCGCCGCGACUGCCCCGAUUCCCGGAUCGCCUGCCACUCUUGUCGACUUUUCCGACUCUCCCCACAAUCGGUUUACGAAUCAGCGUGCCGCAAUGAAAAACCGCAUCUCUCCUCCCACGCGCAACGUGCACUUCUUUGGCCUUGGCGUCGGUGCCACUGAGGAGCACAUUCGCUCCAUUUUCACCCCAGCAGGCAUUGAAGAGCCCGAGAGCAUCAAGCUUUUCGAGAAAGAAAAGGGAGUCUCUGGCUUCAUUACCUUCCGAAGCACGCAGGUGGCAACUGAGGCCAUCGCGUUGUGCAACCAUGCCGAAGUCGAUGUGAACGGCUCGCGAUUCGUCAUCAAGCUGGCAUUCUCCCCAGCCAACGAGCGCAGCGAACGUGGUCCUGGUGGCCCUCCGCCGCACGGCAACUUCCCGCCCUAUGCCAGCUCUGCACCCCCGCCGCACCACCACCACGCCCAUCCACCGCAUCAUCACGCCCCACCGCACCACUCCGGGCCCCACGAUC